UUCACUCCUCAUCCAAACUCGAUCCCCUUUCUCUUUCAAAACCCUAACUCUCUUUUCUGCAAAUCCCUUCUCCUCGUCUUAGGGUUUCGAUGGGAACUUCAAUAUGCUUCCAUCAGACAUCAUACUUGACACUUUAAGUCGUUUACCAGCUGAAAAUGUCUUAGAUUGCAAACUAGUCUCUAAACCUUGGAGAAAUCUGAUUCAUCGUCCAUCCUUCUCUCAAAUCCACUUCAAUCGUCAUCUUGAUUCUGGUAAGUCAAGUUUUAUUUUCUUAAAUCGUCAACCAGAGCGUGAACAAGGGCUUAAUGAAUUUUAUUAUAGUGAGUAUGAUGAAAAUUGUCAUGAGUCACCCUUUCAUAGAAAUACAAGAAUCAAUAUAAGCCCUCCUUUAGUAAAAUAUUCAUUUGCUGCUUCCUGCAAUGGUUUACUUUUAUUUAAUGCGACUGUUAAAGACGAAGGUGGUCAAGUGAGUUGUGAACCUGCUUAUAUCUGUAAUCCAAUCACUAGAGAGUGUAUUACCCUUCCAAGAUCUAAAGGACAGUACAUGUGGACUGGAUUUGGUUACAUUCCUUCAACCAAUGAGUACAAGGUUGUUAGGAUACAUAACUCGGGGAGGAGAAGCAUAUAUGAAGAAAUUGUGGUUGGAAUUAUUCAGGUAUACACUCUUGGGAGUGUCAGUGGAUGGAGAGAUGUGGGAACAAUCCAUAUCAUUAUGCAAUAUUUAGUUAGAACAUGUGAUGGUGUUUUUGCAAAUGGAGCUCUUCAUUGGGUGAAUGUCCACCACGAAGGGAACACUAUUUUUGCUUUUCGUUUGGCUGAUGAGAAGCUUACUGUACUUCCAUCACCACCACCUUGUUUGACAUUUGCUGAUGUUCUGUAUAUGAGUAUGCGACUAUGGGUCUUGGGUAAUUAUUUUAAGUGCUACCUUUUAUUACAAUACCAGUUCUGAAAUAUGGUUAUUGAAGAAGAAUAAGGAUAAUUGUAAUGGCUUGGGCUGGAGUAAAGAGUUUUGUUUCAACGGUUACAUAUCACAAGCAGUUGGCUUUACAAAGAGUGGUAGGCUUCUGUGCCAUGGGUAUGGGAAAAUUUAUAGUUACGAUCCAAAAGCUUCAUCUGCCAGAAUGGAUGUGAGUUUUGGAAAGUAUAUUUCUGAAACAAUCCCUCACAAGAAUACUUUGGUUUCGUUAAAAGAAUUAGGAGAGACGGACAUAAAAACAAUGGAAUACGUUGAGAGGGCAAGUUCAAUAGAGGAGACAGAAAAAGAUGAUACAAUGAAGAAGCCGCAGAACAAAGCCAGUGAUUGCUAGGAACAUAUGUAGGAGCAGACGGACUUCUGACGAGAGUCAGGAAUGCACAACAAACAGAAGCCUGGCAAUCUUGAAGCAACUAGUUAGUAACAUCAGCCGUAAAACCUUGAAUCCACCUUUGCAAAGUAGGACUCUUUUAGAUCAAUGUAAGUUAAUGUUUUCUAAGUAUCCUAGUUGGUCAUUUACUCACUUGUUCAUUUACUCCAUCAAGAUGUUGCUUCAAUGUGAGAGCUUGAGUACUUAUUUGAGGUUUAUCAAGGUAUCUGUCAUUUAAUCUAAACUAUUUGUUGCAGAUAUGUUUUUGG